CUGGCUUGAAUCGAAUGAUAACUAACGGAUAUUUAGCGUUAAAGUCACGUGCACCGAGGCAACCACCAUCUUUUUGGUGGGUCACGACCUUUCCGCGAGGCGACAUUGAUCAAAACAACACAACCUCAUCUCCUCGACCCAAACCCUAACCCGAACCCUUCUACGCGUAGCAACGCGCGACUCAUCGCGUUUGGCAUUGAGAUCACGAUCAGUGGCGCCAGUUCAGUUCAAGCGGAACCUAUCUUGGGUCUAUACUCAUGUCGGGACGGGGGAGAGCUCGUCCUGCUUCGCGCUCAGCGCCGGAGUCCAGCGCGGGCCCUGGCCGUCGAUCGACGCGGCACCACCAGCAGCAAGAACUGCAGGAACAGGCUCCCGAAGAAGAACGACCAGCCCAACUGGAAGUUCCCAUGUCUACGCCGGAUUAUCAUGACGACAUUGACCCUGCCAUCACGGGUCCUCAGGAUGGCAGCAUGCCUCCUCCGCCUCUCCCCAGCGCUAAGGGCCUGCGUGGUCAGGACGGUCCGAUCGUCGCUCGCCGGGGCACGCGCCGCGACCCACAGGCAUCUAGCAUAGCUAGUGUCAACAGCAUGGCUGUGACGGAUGCCUUCUCCCAAGCAGAGCCUCAGGGCUCCGCGUCCCAGAGGACAAUCACAGCGCACUUGUUUGGCACAGCUGGCCCUGCGGCAUCCGCCGCCUCCUCCGAGGGUGAUUCAGCUCCGAGCCGGAACCUCGACAGGGUACGGCGCAUGGAGCAGAUGCUGCCGCGCCUGUUCGCUGCUUCCGAGAAUCUCUUUUCCCAUCUGUGCAGCGACCAGGGAGACGCCGAGAUCUGGGAGAUAGACCGCAUCGGGUUCCGGGGUGCCUUUGCCGCAUACCUUGCUCACUAUCCUCCGGUGAGCGGCAACGGUGUCGGGAACGGUAACCCUGUCAUCGACCUAGCUCGCGUCGCCAACGACAUGCAGAUUGACCAGGCCUCGCUCUCAUGGAAGCCAAUUUUCAGGACCAUCUUAGCAGCCAACCUCGCCUCGCUGCUCGACGAUAUCACGCCAAUCGAUAGGCAAGAUCUGCUGCCUGUUCUGCAGAAAUGGGAUUCGCACUUUCUCGACGGUAUCGUCGGGGAUGAUCUGAGCAACUGGGACGUGGAGAUGAAGAAAAAAAUCAUCGAGCAGGUCCUUAUGAUCCGGAUACAGCUGUCCAUCUUCACCCUCCAGAGUCUGCAGAGGAGCAGUCACACGCCGUUCCAUCCUUAUGAGCAGAUAGCCAGAAUCUGGUGUACCGGCGACGUAUCUGCCGAAGCGGUCGAGUCUUUCUUGGGCGACGACCAGGAUGCGCUCCAGCUUCGGCCGGUUAUGCGGGCCGAUCCGGCUGAUGCUGAGCUAGAGAAGAUAGCGAGAGAUGCGGCUACUCUCCGGUUCACCUCGCUCUGUCGUAUGCUGCCGAACGAGGUGGUUGUGGGGUUCGACCACGACAUAAGCGACAUCCACGAGACGACGUACACGAUCGGCGAGUUCGAAGACGGCUUGCGGGGUUUCGCUAGGCUCUGCUUCGCCGAAAACAAAGCCGCCAUGCAGCAAGGCCCCUCUAACGGACGGCACGCUUCGCUGCCGUUCGCGCCUUCUGACGCCAGUUCGCGAGCCGACUCGCAGAUCCGGUCUCAACUCGAAUCGGACGCGCUGGCUCACCAAUUCAGCCAGGUAGAGUCCAGCGCCCACCCUCAGUCGUUCGAUCCGGAAGGUAUGGCGAUGUUGAAGCGACUAGGGCAUCCCGGACCUGCAGGGUAUGGUGAUGGUCAGCUUCUUCCUCCUCACCCCCAACGCCCCGCGCCGUACCCACCCGACAUCGGCGGCGCUCCUUCUGUGGAAUAUACCGGCCUAUCCCUUCAGGGAGGCUUCCCACCGAACGGCACCACUUACGGUGAGGCAGCUGCCCAAACUCCUGGCAGCAGGAAGAGGCGCGCGCCCGCUGGACCCGCCGCGACGGGCGAUGGAGCUGCUGGAUCGGCCGCCCCGGCAGCUAAGAAGCCGCGAGCAAGGCGAAGGAAGAGCGAUAUUCCGGUCGCAGGCGCCGCCGCGGCGCUCGCUUCCACAGCUACUCCGCCAAGCGCACCAACGGCGCCCGCACCAGCGGCGCCCGCACCUAUGCAGCCGUCGCAGUAUCCGCCUUUGCCGGGAUCUGACGACGAGCCUGACUUGGAAGCCCUGGCGCAGCGGACCAGGGAGAUAUCGGCCGCGGCCCGCAAGGUGAAGCAGCCGCAAGUUCGCUCGGCCUGGGUGCGCAAGGACGUGAGCUUGCUCAUCAAGGCCGUGCACGCCUUCCAAUGCAAGUGGAGCACCAUCGAGAAGGAGAUCAAGGCGGGCACGCUCAAAUUCGAGCGUAAUGUCAACCAGCAAGCGCUCCGCGACAAGGCGCGAUUGUUGAAGCAAGAUUUCUUGAAAGCUGAUGCCGUACUUCCCCGGGGUUUUGACCUUGUUGUUCUGGGCAAGAAGGAGAAAGAGGCCGUCAUAGCUUGCGGCAAGAACCCAUUUCGCAAGGAAGCAGACAUCGACGAGAAUGGACGCCCUAUCAAUACGGAAUACAACCCGGCUGCGGAGGGCGCUCCGGAAGUUGAACCACAGCCUGAAGCCCAGCAGGAAGGCCUGUAAGGAGCUCAACCCGAGCCUCGGCCGGCAGAACAGGAGGCUACGAUCAGCUAGGGAGUUUCACUGGCCGCCACACAUUCACAUGGCCAUCGCGCAGAUGAGCUGAGUGAUUUGGGAUGUUUAAUGUUUUCGCUUCUGCUUUUUUUUUCCCACCACUAAAAUUCGAUG